GCUCCGUCGCCUGCGGCUGAAAGUGGACGGAGACCCGCAGCUGGAGGCAAUGUGGACCUGGCAUGAGCAGGAUUUAAUUUAAUACUACAACGUCCGAGGAGUUGCGUAAAAUGUAGAUGCGCGUUUGUUGUCCCGGUUCGGUGGUUUUCCCGGUGCCGUCGGUCUGCGUCCAUCCGCCUGUCAUUCACUAACACUACAGCCUGCGUCCGUGCGCUCACGUGUUGGACGUAGACGCUGUAUUUUUAUUUUCUACCCAGAUUUAUUCUACUUUUCCAGACUUCCAGACGUCUUUUCCAGCCCUCUGUGUUUUUUUUCUUCCUUUCUUUCUUUUUCUCCUCAGACUGGAUUUGUUUGACACACGCGUCUCAUCCGAGUUGUGAUUUAUUCCAGAUUUGGAUUCAAGGAUCUAGUUAUUGAAAUCAAGUCAUUGGAGCAGAAGUGAAGGCUUCUCUGUGGAUCCGUAAGGCAUGCUUUAGGUGCAUGUGUCCGGCUGGGAACACACACUCAUCACAACAGUUGAAGAGGCUGAACGUUGUCGAGUCUCAGUUGGUCAGAAUGGAGCUUCUCUGGGUUUGUCUCCUGGUGUUGGAGAUGGUCCUGAUGUCCAGCGCCGCCAGAGGUCCUCCCAGAGUGUCAGAGCGAGUCGCCCACCGGCAGAGCAUCCGUCUGGGUCGAACCAUGAAGCUGCCGUGUCCUGUGGAAGGCGACCCGCCGCCGCUCAUUAUGUGGACCAAAGACGGCCGGAACAUCCACAGCGGCUGGACGCGCUUCAGAGUGUUACAGCAGGCGCUACGCAUUAAAGAGGUGGAGACGGACGACGCUGGGACGUACGUCUGUAAAGCCACCAACGGGUUCGGCAGCGUCAACAUCAACUACACGCUCAUCGUCAUCGAUGACUCCAGUUCAAGAGGCGGAGCAGGAGCUGCCAACGGAGGCUCUGAAAACACCCCAGAACUGGCUGGAAAACUGGUGCGUCCACGUUUUACUCAACCGGCGAAGAUGAGGAAGCGUGUCAUCGCUCGGCCCGAGGGCAGCUCCGUCCGCCUGAAGUGCACGGCGAGCGGUAACCCUCAACCCGACAUCGUCUGGUUGAAAGACAGCAGACCGUUGGUGGACGAGGACGGAGGAGCAGCAGGAGGAGGAGGAGGAGAUGGAGGGGCCAAGAAGAAGAAGUGGACUCUGAGUCUGAAGAACCUGACGCCAGAACACAGCGGGAAGUACACCUGUCAUGUCUCCAACCGAGCAGGAGAGAUCAACGCCACCUACAAAGUCGAAGUCAUACAGCGUACCAACUGUAAACCUAUCCUCACCGGUACUCAUCCCGUCAACACCACUGUGGACUACGGCGGAACCACGUCUUUCCAGUGUAAAGUGCGUAGUGACGUCAAACCGGUCAUCCAGUGGCUGAAGAGAGUCGAACCCGGCGACGAGAACAAAUUCAACUCCACUAUAGAGGUUGGAGACCACCGCUUUGUGGUUCUGCCCACGGGGGAGGUGUGGUCACGUCCGGACGGUUCCUACUUGAACAAACUGCUCAUAACCAGAGCCAAAGAAGAGGAUGCUGGGAUGUACAUCUGUCUGGGAGCCAACACCAUGGGUUACAGCUUCAGGAGCGCCUACCUGACAGUUCUACCAGAUCUGAAACCGCACAUCAACCCCGUCCCCACCGCCACCUCCCCGAGCCUCCCCUGGCCCGUCAUCAUCGGGAUUCCAGCAGGCGUCGCCUUCAUCUUAGGCACCGCCCUUUUGUGGUUUUGCCAAUCAAAACGCACCUGCUCGUCUUCGUCGUCUCCCUCGUCUCCUCUUCCUCCGGCUCAGCGUCUGCCCGUGGCUGGUCACGACAGAGCGUGUCCGACUCUUCCCGCUCCUCAACAGGCCAACGGGGAUAAAGAAUGUCUGUCUUACGAGGACUACAUCGCCCAUCAGCAGCUGCUCUUGGCGCAGGGAGGCGCAGGAUUGGCUCCCAAAGUCUACCCGAAGAUCUACACGGAUAUACAUACGCACACGCAUUCGCACGUGGACGGCAAAGUGCACCAGCACCAGCACAUUCACUACCAGUGUUAGCAGCGAGGCUCUUGAAUUUACAUGAACAUGUUCCUGUGCGUACAUAAAAAGGAAAACCACACGAGGAUUUACAGUAUAUAGAGGAAUAUGGGAUCACACAGCUCUUCCUCAGCCACAUUGUUGUCUCUACAUGGACUUAAUCAAGACCCAGCAAUGAAGAAUGUAAAAAAGAUCCUUAUUUUUAACCGAUUUCGGAGUCGAUCCUUUAAAAUAUAUGAGAGACGAAUCACAAAAGAUGUUUUAUUCAAGCCUUUUACUACCCGAAAGCUCAUCACAUGCCUUUUUCUGUUUUGCUUAAAGGCUCCAGUUGAAGUAACAAUGAACUCUUCAAGGUAACUUUUCAACAACCCAACAGUUUAUCUGCCUCUGCUCUUUUCAUACACUGGACACAACCACAGCUCCUACCGUAACAGUAGAAAAACAGCUCACUUACACUACAAUGUUCCAAAUAUAGCUACUCGUGUAUAUAGUGGAAUAUGAUUAUAUGGCAUUUAGCACAAGGUUUCAUCCGGGGUCAUUUAUAAAGAACAAUAUAACACGUGUAAUGCAAUAGCUUAAUUUCAGAGUGCAUCUCAGGCGUCGGCCCAACUGAGCCAUAAAAACCACAAAUCAAGACAAACUUCAGUAGAUCCACAAUCCGUGCACAGACCAGAGCCGUUCUGAUAAACGUCCAGCUUCGUAUCUGGAUGCUGUGGUGAAAAGAGACUUCCUGUCAGACUGAGUUACUGCAUCGAGAAGGUCUGGAUCUCCCUCUGCAGAUUCAUGUCAGCAGCAGCUACACUGUAAUUUGUGCUCCGAACGAGAGUCCAGAAAAGCUUCGACGAGAACUCCUCGCCGCUCUGAUUUGUAAAGGUGCUGAGCGGCACUUAAAGGUGGCAUUUCCUCUUUCACAUCAUCGUUCUGGAACUUGCUGGCUUAAGAAGAGAGGAAGCUGGAAAGGAUGAAGAAUAUCAGCUCUCAUCUCGCGUCAGACGUUCAACCUUUUUAGCCUUUGGCGUAAAGGGACUGUCAACAGUGCAGCAGUUUAAAAAAAAAAAAAAAAAAAAAAAAGAACGAAACAAUUGCUUCCAGAUUUCGUGGAUUGUUUUCGGAUCAUUGGAUAUGUCACAGAUUCUUGUUCGUCUCUUAUGAGAUUUAAAGGGCUAGAAAAGGGAGACUUCAUCUUAAACUCUGUAACCUAAAGAUGACACUUAAAGCCCUCCACGCUGCACAAAACUGUCGGAACUAUAAGUGUAAAAGGGUUUGCAUGUGCUCUGUCCCGCACAGUACUGUUUGUUUAUUUGUUUGUUAGUUCUGACCUAAAGUCGAACGGUUUUAGAAAAAGGGCUGCAUGCUCAAGCUGCAACGCUGUUUAUCACUCACAUAGAAAAGCAAUCAACACCUUCCGGAUGCUUAAAAGGUAAAAUAACAGCUGUAUGUACUGUAGCUCGUAACCAAACUGAGUAUCAGUAUUGUUAUAAUUCAAUUUAGAGCCAUAUAUUCUGGUUACUUUGGCAAUAUCCAGUAUAUAAACCGCUCAUAAUGCUGUACAGUGGCAAUUAAACAUAAUAAUGUCCUCAUAUUUUCAAGGAUAUAUCUUGGAUAUUUUAUUCUGUAUGUUUUAUCUGCUAAUUUCAGCUCCAUCUCAUUACACAACAGGGAUUCAAAUGAACUAAAAUGAAAAUUGCUUUUAAAAUGCUGCUACAACAGCUUCAAAAUAAAAAAAACCAAUAUAGAAGUAUUAGCAGUAAAGCGUUAUUUUUAUAUAAUACAGUAGCUUGUCGGAUUAUGUUCGCCAGAUUCCCGUCUUUCCUUCUUAUUUGGUUUGAUUGUUGAUGUGUUUUAAUGUUUGUUUCUUCUCUCUGUCGCUUCCAUCGCGCCAACGUGGCUUCAGUUUAUGAGACAUUUCGGUUUUCCCCUCAGGUGUCCAUCUUCGACCACUAUAUAAUAAGUGUGUGAAAAGAUUUUACCGUGAUAACAUUUACUUUUCAGCUGUUUUGCGUUAAGUCAGCAGUAAAACAAACGCGGUCGGGCCAGAAAUGUAUAAACAUGAAAAAAAAAAAGAAAGUUUGAGACUCGUACAUUGUAUUUGUGUUUAGUCCGUGUUUCCUGUCGCAGACCUGGUUCAACAUAUACAAUAUACCACAGCGAGAACUUUACGAGGUUCUGUUUAAACAAGCGUGUGACAGAAAGUGAUAUAUUGGAAUCACCUGUGAAAUUCAGCUGCAGAUGUGGACAUUUAUUUUGCACAUGAAUGGGAAAAAACGAAGAAUGUCCAAGUAAUUUUAGCUCCUCUUUUUCGAUUUUAGAUUUUGGUGUGUUAAGAACGUGGAAAACCACUGAUCAAACCUCCAGCCUCUGUCUUUUUAAAUGGAUUAAGUCCCUUCGUAUUAAGAUUUAAAUGCCAUCUGCACCAAGAACGUUCUGUUCUUAAAUUUCAGAGGAAACAAUUUUUAUACCAGUAUAUUUAUUUAACCUUUUUAGUUGUAAAAUGAUAUAAUUAGGCGAUUGGAUGUAAUAUUAUAAAACUUAUCAACCCUGUACAAAAAUGAUGUACAAUUGAUUCAGUAUUAACAAACUACAACAUUAAAAUGCUCCUACAUGGAUUUGUUAGUGCUAAAAAAAAUAUACUGGUCCACCAUAAUUUUG